AUGGCUCAGCACCAAAUGGGAUAUAAUUUCAAACCUGGAAAAUACAAGCUCGCUAAGGGAUAUGAUUUAAUAGCAUAUCAUCCAAAUGACAUGACUGAAUUUACUCCGAGAUAUUUGAUGUCAGAGCUAAAUGACAAUUCAACUUUCGUCAUGAAACGCGUAAAAAAUAGAGACGGAACGAAAGAACAAAAGCUUAUGAAUGCGGAUGACGUAGAUAGGGAAAUUGUUAAAAACGGUCUCGGAAUAUAUGAAAUGCCAGCAGAUGAGGUACAAGAAACUCCACAGGAAGAAAUAGUUCAGAUACAACCAGACAUGGAAGAAAUAGUUCAGCAACAACAGCUAGAAGAGCCUGAAGGAAACGAACAAGUCACUCCUUUGGAAACUAACUUCACAGAACUAGAUGAAGAUUUGGAACAGCCGAAAAAUCUUGACCCUCAACAAGAGUAUGCGGAGAAUAUGGAAUAUUUCCAAGAGUCUAAAAAAAAUUCGGCUGACAUAGUAGAAGAAUAUCGAAAAAUGUUUGCCGACAUACAAAAGACUCCAGCACCAGAUGAAAAUAUUCAGCAUAGAAUGGAAGAACUGAAAAAAAAUGUACACAAAUACAACAACCCUUUUUACUUACGAGCAUUUAACGUUCAAUCUUCGGAUGAACUCGGUGAAGAUAAAAGGUUAAAUUUCAAGAAAACAUAUAGAAAUGAAACAUUGUUUAAAGUUCAUUCAGAACCUAACCAAGAUGGAAACAAACCUACUUUUGUUUCUGCAGACGAUGGAACUACAAUGAGAUGGGGUCAUAAAGCUAACCCGGAUAGGUGGUUCAUAAACUUACAACCACAAUUCCAAGAAGUUGUAGACGCAAUGGAAGUCAAUGGUGAACAAGAUAUAGCUGGUAUUUUAAGCGCGGCUUUAAUGCCAUUGAAAGAUAUGAAACAUGCAGAUAUUUUGGACCA